CACUAAAUAGCACUUUUGUUAGGAAAGAAUUCAGAGGACAGAUGGAGAAGUAAGAAGAGAUGAAGAAAGGAGCAGGGGAGAGAAAGGAGGGGGAGACAAAAUGAGAAGAGGGGGGGGGGCUGCAAGGAAAGAGCGAGCAAGACAGGGAGAGAGUUAAGAAAAACUAGAGAGGAUAAGAGGAGAACAGAUGGAGGAGAGGCAAGUAUAGAAGGAUAAAGAAGGGACGAAGAAGGAGAGAGAGGCUGAAAAUCAAAGGCACAGGGUGGAGAGAGAGAAAACAGGGAUCGAGAGGGAAAGAGAGAGAAGUCAACCAUGAAGAGCAGAGACUAGGAGGGAACAGGCUCAGAUAUACGGCAAGUGGAGCAGACAGAAAGUUCUCAGACAGGGGUCUAUGAAUGGAAGGAGGGAGGACGGGGGCCCGUCCCAUUACCAAGGGUGAACGAGAGGGACAAAGAGCAGAGAUAAAUGAGGAACAAAAGAAAGAGACACACUGUUAGAGAGGAAGCAGAGGGAGGGGGACGCCAGCCUUCAACUCCAUAAACUGAGGACAAGAGACACCUCCACGACUACACCCAGACAGGAGAAUGAGGGUAAAUCAAGUCUGCAGGAUACAAAUCCUGGGUUUCGUCCUCAUCGUCCUCAUGGCCAUUGGAUUUACCAUUCAGAUCCUAGGGAUCCACUUUCCGAAGAGGUCCGACCAUAUAUCUCCACCACAAUUUGUAACUUCGGAGCCUGAGGCUUUCUCCCGGACGUGCAAGCCAAAACAGCAUAUCAUGUUCUUGAAGACGCACAAGACGGCUGGGAGCACCAUACUGAACCUUCUGCAUCGUUAUGGUGACCGAAACCGCUUAGCCUUCGCUCUGCCUUUCAAGUAUCAAUUCAAUUACCCAAAUACUUUCCAAUCUCUUCGAGUGAAAGGAUACAAUGCCUCCUCCCGGCCACACUACGACAUCAUGUGCCAUCAUAUGCGCUUUAAUUAUCCCGAGGUUCGGAAAGUGAUGCCUUCAGACUCUUUCUACUUUACCAUUCUUCGGGACCCAGCCACCAUGGCCGAGUCAUCAUUUUCUUAUUAUCGUGCUGUGUCGUCGGCAUUUAAGAAGGCACAAAACUUCAAAGCCUUUAUUAAUCACCCGUCACAUUACUAUCGACAAGGUGAAAGAUCCAACCACUAUGCCCGUAACCCAUUAUGGUUUGAUCUUGGAUUUAACUCUGAUGCUCCAUUUACGGAAAUGUAUGCAAAAGCUGGAAUCCGGGCAGUAAAGGACACGUUUCACUUGGUUCUUUUAGCUGAGCACUUUGAUGAAUCAAUGAUUCUUCUGAAAGAGGAGUUGUGUUGGGACCUUGAUGAUGUAGUGACCUUCAAAAUGAACAGCCGUGGGACCUCAAGAACAUUGGAUCAUGGAGACAUUGAGAAACUGAGGGCAUGGAAUGCUUUAGACUGGAACCUCUACUCUUACUUUAACCGCACGUUCUGGGAUAAAGUGGAACACUUUGGAAAGGUAAAGAUGGACAAUGAGGUCAGAAAGUUGAAGGAAAGGAGACAACAUUUGGCUAAACUUUGUCUUGAGGGUUCAGAACCUGUAGUUGCAGAACAAAUUAAAGAAGAGGCCAUUAAGCCCUUCCAAUUCGGGCAGGAAAAGAUCUUAGGUUGGGCUGUUCGAAAAGAUCUUCCUCCCGAGAUUCGGAAUCGUUGUGUUCGAAUGGUAACUCCAGAGCUUCAGUACAAAGAUCUCUUAGAUGCUCGCCAGUUUCCAGUGAGGGCUUCUAUUGGCUCAGUCCUAGCAGUCACUCCGGCACGGGCUGUAGGUAGAUGAGAAGAUCACUAGUGAUUCGUGUUCUUAGCAAGUUUUUAAUGCACAAAGUUGAAGAUGUUAUUGCUUUAACCUAAUGUGCCUGAAUAAUAUAUGGGAACUAUGUUCUUGCUGUUAACACUACACCAUUAGACUCAACAAGCACUUUAUAGCCCCUGCACUUCCGGCAUGCCUUCUCCAGCCUUAAGACUAGAUAUUGUAGGACAUGCUAAAAGUCUAGCUACAUAGUGCAAUCAAUAUGCUGUUAAUCAUCACUACGGUACUGAUUCUUUAAUACUGCCCCAACUGACUCAGCGCUACCUCUGAAACAUUAAGAGUCUGAUGGGAAUUGGCAAUCAACUAUCUAAGAACAUCUUAAAUAUGAGAAGGAACCCUAACAACUGCCUUCGAGUGAAUGUGAA